AUGGCGCGCGUGGGCAGCCCUGACACCAACUCCUUGCUCUCCGCCCACUCCAGGCCAUCCACUCUUCACUCCCUUCGCCCUCCCCAUACCUGCAAUCUCGACACCUUCACCAGCAAGGACUUCAUCGUCAAAGACUUUGUAGAAUCGCUAUCCGACUCCGCCGUCCCCGCCGCAAGACGGUCGGCGCCAACUUCGGGCAGCCAAACCAAUGCGCAAGCCAGUCAAGCAUUCGACCCCAAGCCGCUCAUUCGAACCUUCGAACACGCCCUCAACCGGCUCAAGAAUCUCAGCGAGGACCUUCAAGAGCGCGAAGAUGAGCUGAGUGCGGGCGUGCGCCGCGCAGAGGGCCAGCACAAUGGCAACAUCAAGUCGAGAGAACAGGAGUUGGAACGGGCAAUCGCCAACUUCAAUCGCUUAGAGCGCACGUUGGAUGGGGACAGCGAUGGCGAUGAUGGCGGGAACGCUGCCAUGCGCAUCGGUGAGCGACUGGAGGAGUUGGACCGGCAAAGGCAACGUGCACAGGAUGCCAAAUUCAUUCUCCAAUGCUGGCUUGAGGUCAGCGAACGUGGCGAUCUUUCGAGCUUGGACGACGUGCGCAAGAUGGGUGGCGGCGAGGGCAAAGUCCGCUGUGCUCAUAUAGCGCGACAGCUGCUCAAGAUGUCGCAACGCCUGGACAGCACUGCGGACACACCAAAGACCAAUGGCGUGCAUUUCCCGAACGGAGUCAAUGGCAACACGAGCGAGGGAAACACGCCGAACGGGAGCAUGAGACGGACGAAAGGUGGCAAACAGCCCCGAGAGAUUAUCGAGAAAUUCUUGGAAAUGCUUGAGAAGGAUCUCUUGAAAUCAUUCGACGAAUUCUACCGCCGACAGAACUUUGACGGUAUGCGCGAGUGCGCAGUAGCGUUGCAAGACUUUGGUGAGGGCAACUCGGUCAUUUCACUCUUUGUCAACCAGCACCAGUUCUUCAUCGACAGAUCGCAGCUUGUGACGGACGAGUUGCUCAUAGACAACGAGACCUGGGACCGCCUCGCGGAUCCCGACACGGAACCACCGGGCGUCGAGUCCAGUCUGCAGAGCCUCAUCGACGAAGUCAAGUUGGUCGUCCAAGAGGAGAGCUUCAUCAUAAAGCGCGCGUUUCCCUAUUACGAAGAGGUACUCGCUCGUUUCCUGCAACGAGUGUUCCAGCAGUCGAUACAGCAACGCCUGGAAAUGGUACUGAACAAGGCGGAUAGCGUCUCGUCUCUUGCAUUUCUACGUUCGUUGCAGGCUUCAAGAUCUUACAUUGCGACUCUGGUAGAGGACCUCAAAUCUCACGGUCUGACCGAAUAUCCCGAGCCAGCUUCUUCUGUGACUGCUGCCGUACUGGAUCAGCAGCUUGACGAACUAUUCGUACCAUACUUCACUGGAACAAGUUACAUUGAGCGGGAGAAGCGGAACUUGGGAGAGCUUUUUGAGGGUCUUCUCUUCAAGUUCACCCUGUACCAUUCUCGCAAGCGGAGGGUCCAUGUGCAAUCAAACUCGUAUCUCGGAGCAAUUUCUGCAAGAAGCAAAGAAUUCAUCAGCAGCGCCCGGGAUGCUUACAUGGAACGUCUGGAUAGCGCCGACUUGCAGGCAGGCCAGAAGGCUAUGCUUCUUCGCAUUGCCGGCCUGCAUGCCAAGGAGAAUCCGACUGCCGGCGAGAUAGACGUCACGGAUGAGAACGGCCAACUGAGUCUGCCUUUCACCAAACGCAUGCUGAAAUGGCUUGCGGAAGGCGUGGGCCGAGGACUCGAGUUGGCAGGUGGAGGUAACGAAACGCCCAAAGAGGUCCGAGAACUACUCCAUCUGCUCAUUUCGCACAUGGGAGAAACGUAUCUUGAGACUUCCCUGGACGCCGCCAUCGACUCUGCUGCAGCCGCGGAAGCGAGCACGAAGGCUGAACCGGAUCUCAGCUAUAUCACAGAUCUACGCACCGCAGUGAGCGUCCUCCAUCUCAUGCUCACCACCACACAAGUAUUACUACUGCCGCUAGCGGCCACCAAUUUGACGAUUCGCAGAGAUCUCCAGAAGACGGCUAGUAACUUCACCGAUCGAAUGGAAUCCAAGAUUGAUACUGUGCUCCAAAAGACUAUUGAUUCUGCACUUGCCUGGACCGGCCGACUUCUGUCGAGCCAAAGGAAGACCGACUUCAAGCCCAAAGACGAUGCAACGCUACAGCUUGACCAAUUGCAAACAUCAACCUGCCAAUCCAUCUAUAACUUCCUUGGCCGCCUCCACUCUCGGGCGAAGACAGCGCUCUCUGGUCGUGUGCAAGACUCUUUCUCCAUGGAGCUUGCUAUUGGCCUGCGGAGCCUUCUUCUUCAACACUUCAAGUCAUACCAGGUCUCCCUUACAGGUGCCUUGGUUGUGUCGAAAGACAUUACGAAAUACAUUGAACUCCUCCGUUCGUGGGAAUUGCCAACGUCCUUUGACCCCAGCCUGGAGGUGCUGACCGAGAUCGCCAAUCUCUUCGUUAUUGGACCAGAGGCACUUCGAGAUCGACUCAGGAAUUUCGGCAAUGGCGCGGGCGGGCUUCAGGGCGUCGAGAAGGCAGACUUGAGGCCAUAUGUGCUCAGACGAGAAGAUGCACACAGUGUUGGAGUUCAAGCUGUGCUCAAUGCUCUUUGA